AUGUCAAUAGAUGAAAUGGGUAUGCCAAAGAGAAUGCGUAUCAUUGUCCGAAAUAAAGGACCGACUUGCAGCAACUUGUGGUUUGAUAUCACGUAUUGGGAGUAUACUAACAGAGGAGGUGGAUCAUUGAUGUUGAUGUAUAACUUAUACUACGUCAAAUAUAGUUGCCUCUGUGUCAUUGAUCGUCCAUUAUUAAGUGUGAUUGAUUCACCAAUUGAAAGUCAUUGCAAGGUUAUUAUAUGA